GCGGCAGUUGAACUCCGAAGUUCGUAAGUUGCGGACGUGACGCUUAAAGCUCCGUGUUGACAACACGAGACCGCGUAUCUUUGAAACUGUUUUUCUGGAAGCAAUUUGCAUGCAUGGAGUGAAAGCUUUUCUCUUUAUUGUGUUGGUGUAUUGUGGCAGAUUUUCCGAAUUUAUGAAGUAAAAGCCCUCAAUGGAUGUUUUGGAAUAUCUUACCGAUUUUUAGUGCGGCUUUUGGAUUGUGCUUUUAUGUUGUGAUGCGUGUAUAUAUGUGAAGUAAUGGCGGGAGGGGUUGCGCUCCUCGUGCUAUGGGUGGUCGCAGUCACAGCUGAUGGUAAACACGACGUGUCAAACUCAACUGAAGCCGCAACGACAGCGUUUCCCACAGCACCCAUACCACUGCGACCAGAAUAUGCUCAUCCGGCUGGAGUAGAAGCAUUAGACCCUUACAACUCAGAGAAGAACAACCCGCCAAUUCAUCACAAAGACUAUUUAGAAGAAGACUACGACCAUGAAUCUCACAAAGAAGACGACCACGACAACAGAGACGAUACAGAAGAAUUACCUUCGCUAUCAGGAGACCAUUUGCUCCAAAGCGCGACGGAUAAUCUGCCAAUGUUUCUAUUAGAGCCACAACACGCGUUUGUUGUGAGAAAUAAACCGGCCACGUUAAGAUGUCGGGCGGCUAAUGCACUCCAAGUGUAUUUUAAGUGCAACGAAGUUCGAUCGGUUGCGAGCACACAGUUCGAGUUCGUGGAUCCCCAAAGCGGAGUUAGGAUCGUUGAAGCCGAAUGUAACGUGACGCGGGAUCAGUUAGAUGAAUAUUUCGGUGAGGACAGAUUUACGUGCACUUGCUACGCUUGGAGCAGCAGAGGAGACAUCCGAAGCCAGCCGGCUGUCGUGGAACUUGCCUAUCUAAAGAAGCCAUUCGCGGUAUCGCCGUCAGCGAUUUCAGUAGAGGCCGGUUCAGCCGCUUCUCUGCGCUGCUCUCCACCAAUGGCUGCCCCACCUCCUCACAUAUCCUGGUUGAAGCACGGGGCCCCUCUGCAGCAGGAUCACAACGUGCUGGUUUCUGCAGAAGGAAAUCUGCUGAUAUCUCGUUCCACUUUGCAAGACAUGGCAAACUACAGCUGCGUUGCUGAGAACAUAGCCGGGAAGAGAAUAUCUGAGCCCGCUCUCCUAACUGUUUACGUGAACGGAGGGUGGAGUGCCUGGGGUCCCUGGACUCAGUGUCGUUGCAACGGCCGAAUCUCGAGCGGGCAGCGUCGCACGAGGACCUGCACCGAACCUCAUCCUCUCAACGGAGGAGCUCCGUGUCAAGGUCAGGCCGUGCAGAGGACCGCGGACUGCCUUCCGUGUCAAAGUGAGGGAUACAUGGAUCUUCAUAAUACACAACAAUUAUUAAUCGCACUCUCUGGACGAUGGGGGGCUUGGUCGGAGUGGUCAGUGUGCGGUGCAGACUGCCGGCAGAUCCGACGAAGAUCUUGUACCGGCGAUACGCCUUGUUCCGGGGCACACGCGCAACACGCCGAUUGCGUUGGAGACUACUGUGGAGUUCAUGGAGUUGCCGCGCACAGUGACAUCCCUCUGUACAUCGGAAUCGCCGUCGCCGUGGUCGUAUUCCUGGCUGGUGCUGCCGUGGUCUACAAACUGCUGCAGAGGAAGACCCGAGACCAUUCUUUGUACACUAUGACUAGGACAGAUUUCCAACCAGAAAUAUACCCGACAGUGGAGAAGCAGUCCUUAUCGCUAGCUCCUGAUCUAAUGCAGCACAGACCCCCAAGAUACGAACAUCCCCAACCCGAACAUCACUAUGAUGUGCCACAUCUAACGAACAGUUACGCUUCACCUGUGGACCACCAAGUGACUCCAUCUGCCUCUACCAAGGGACAGAGCGACGAUUAUGAAAGCAAACCGUACAGCGAAUCAGAACAUUCAGCCUCUAGUUGUUUCACGAGCUCCGGUUCGAUGUACGACGCGGCCAAUGAAUCCGUGACACUCCAACUGGCAGAGUUCGUCUCCAAUUCGCCCACGUCACAAUCCAUGUCGGUCUCCAGUGCCGGAGCCAGACUGGCCUUGCCCGCAGCGGGGGUGGCCCUUUCAGUUCCUGAAGGAGCCCUGGCCAGGGGUAGACGAGAGCAGAUCUAUGUGGCUGUCGUCAAGGAUGACAGAUACAGGCCGCGACUCGGAAAAGGUAUCACGCAGCUGAGUCCGGUGGUUAAAUGCGGCCCGCCGCGUCAGACAUUAAACAAGUCCGUCGUCUUACAAAUACCACAUUGCGCCAGCCUCAAGCAUGGCUUCUGGAACCUGUCUCUGUACGCCAUAGACCACAACAGUAAGCCAGAGGGCGGCCAGUCUCAGUGGAAGAAGAUCGUGGGCCUCGGUCAAGAAACCAUCAACACCCCAAUCUUCACACAGCUCGACAACGACAAGAUAUUCCUUGUGACGGACAUGUUGUCCACGUUCGUAUUGGUCGGUGAAAGUUUCAAUGGUAAGGCCGUAAAGGCACUACAAUUAGCGAUCUACGCCCCGACCGUGCUCAACGAAACCAGUUCCGAAUAUAGCAUUAGAUUGUACGUGUUCGAAGACACGCCUUGUGCGGCUUACUAUUGUCAGGAACAAGAGAAAAAACUCGGCGGAGUGUUGCUUGAACGACCGAAAACUUUAUUGUUCCAAGACGGAGGCUCCCAUCUUUGUUUGAAUCUGGAGCACGUCAGUCCCGGCUGGAAAGCGAAGCCGGGCAUCGGUUAUCAGGAGAUCCCAUUCAAUCACGUGUGGAGCUCGAACUACAACGCUCUGCAUUGCAGCUUCACUCUCGAUCGGACGCACGACUGCGACAAUAUUGAUUUUACGAUCUCAGCCUGUCAGAGAACGAAUCCAUCUUAUAAGCAAACGUUCAGGAUAUGCCUCGAAGACAUGCAGAGUCGGUCGCCACGGGGCAGAUCGCCGCGCGAAUCCCAGCGCAGUUUUAAUAUUACCGAGAAUCUCUUGGAUGGUCGUAUGGGUCGAAACGACGAGGGCAGUGAGGGUAGCGUGAAAAGAAACAUCACUGUUAAUGAGACGGGCGUGAACGAAUGCUCCGGAGAGGGCCCUUUCAAAUUGAGCGGGAAGAUAAAAAGGCAGCUUUGUGCCAUUUUAGACCCUCCUAACGCCCGUGGAAAUGAUUGGCGUGCUCUGGCAUCGCGGUUGGGCGUAGAUCGCUAUACAACUUGGUUCGCCACAAAGAGCUCACCCACUGAAGCUAUAUUAGAGCUGUGGGAAUGCAGGGAGCGUCAUCCUGGGGCCAUUCCCGCUCUGGCGACCGCAUUGCGACAGAUGGACAGACACGACGCCGCUGAUCUACUUCAUAUACGGCCAUCUUGGUUAUGAAUUAAAAAAACCAAUACGGAUCUUAAUUAAUGUUGAAAUAAAUUUAGAAUUUCUGUUGUGAUGAACACUAUGUGAAAGUUUAAUGUUUGUAAAGUAUCGAAAACCUUCUCAGAACAAAGAGUCUGUAUAAAAUUUUAAUCAAAUGUUUUAAAGUCGCCAUGUCUGAGCGGAAGAGAAAAUGGUUUUUUUUGGCAGAGUAGUGGCAAUGUUGUGUUAGAAAAACAUAUAGUUUGGCAGGCCCGGUGGCCUAAGUUUAUAUUUAAAAUCGCGUAGUAUAUUUUGUAUAGAAACAUUAUUGGACGCUGUAGAUAAGCGGACGUACGAAUAAAUUAUAUUAUGGUAGCAAUAAUAGUGCCUAAAUUUGUCUUUUAAAGAUAAACCAACGUUAGGUUGGUUAAGUUGGUUAUUUCGUUAAUAUUAGUAGUUUUCCUUGAGUGUUUGUUGUGACUUAAAUGCAUAUUAUUAUCAAUAUUUCGCUUGUAUGUUGUUGCGUUUGAUAUAUCGUGCCAAACUGGUGUCAUGGAGUUUGACUAAUCUCAAUCUGAAAUCACAUUGCAUUUAAUUACUGUUGACUGGUUAUUUUGAUAGAACCAUUUUAAGCUCGCACUCGCUUCUUCGUAAUCAUGUAAUUUAUCCUGUAAUCACGGUAAUCAAAAUUUAAUAAACCGCUCAACCGGUGAUUUUUUAAAUUAUUUUCUGUCAAAAAGUGUUACAUACUUCAUAAUCACAAUGAUUGUAUAUGUAUGAUUAAUAUUGCAAUUCAACGAAAACAAUUUUUUAGUACAUUCGAUUUUUAAAAUUUAAAUUUUUAUUCCAACUAUAUUAAGAUAGACUUCUGAAUCUACUGAUGAAUAAAAACAUUUUAGUAAUUAAAAACUGGUAUACAAUUUUCAUUCUCAUGUUUAAAAUUCACGUAUUAAAUAUUGUUUUUCCAAUUAUACGUACUUCGGAAGUCUGCAUUUAACACAGUUUCUAGAAUAUUUAAAAGAACUGUCACAAUGUAAAUAAAGUCUAGACUUGUAUAUAAGUAGAUUUCACAGUGAAAUUUAGCUGGGACUAUUAUAAUUAACCAUUAUUUUAUAACUUCGCAUUACAGUAGACUAUAUUAUAUUUUUGUUAACGUGAUGAAUAUAAAAUAAAUGGAUCUGUGAUAUUUAAAUAAUAUGAAAUAAAUUAUCUUUAACUGUG